AUGCUCGUGGCGACGACGCUGCAGCUGGCGCACGGCGAAGUGGCCAAGGUCCUGGAGACGCACAGCAUGUACAAGCGGGACCCGUGGCGGCGUUGGGUGCGGACGCUGACAUUUAUCCAGCUCACCGUGCAGGCCAACUCGGCGCAGAGGUCGCAGAUCGUCGCGUGGCUCAACAGACUUCAUGCCAACAUCAGGCUCUUCGAGUUCGAGACGAACGUGUUCGUCCUCGCGACGAUCGCCUACGGCCUGGCGCAGAGCCACCAGGCGCUGGGCGCGUUUCCCACCGGCGAGAAGGACGCCAUCGUGUCCAGCGUCAUGAGCAUGGCCGACAAGCUGAGCGCGGACGACCGGCGCAAGCCCGUGCCCACGACUUUCAGCGCCGUGGAGAAGUUCCUCGCGCCGCAGCUCAGCUCCGUCCACCUACGAAGCAUCCUGGCCAGCAUGUCCGCUUUGUUGGACUUAGCGCAGAAACCCCGCUUUUCCACUGCUCUCCGUCGGCCUUGGUCUUGGGCGAAAUUUCUCCUGCUUCGUACUCUCGCUCGAGACAUUUCUCUCAGAGUUCUGUCACCGCCAACCGCCGGUGAACCGCCGGGAGCGCUCCUCUCCCUCGCCAGAAUUUUCCAGCCCUUCUGGUACCACUUCCAUUACAGCGCGUGCCCGCGCGUCCUCACGCUCGCCGGCUUAUUCGAGACCCUCGUCGGCUGCGAUCCGUCACUGAACACCGUCGUGGACGAUGUGCACCGGGAAAUAUUCGGCGCACCGCCGGUGGGAAAGUUCGCGCCGAGUGAAGCCCAUCUGCCGCAGUUACCGAACGGAGUUGCCGGCGCAGCUCCAGCUGCGGACCUGACGAACCAGUCAUUCAUCGCAGCCGUCAGGGAGCAUUUGAAAUGCGCGUACCUCCGAACGAGGCUGGCCGGACCGGGGAAGCAGCUCCCCCGACACCUGGGGGUCAUCAUGGAUGGGAACCGGCGGUUCUCGCGGCAGCACGGCCUGGGCUCCGUGCUCGAGGGUCACCGGUUGGGCGCCCGGAGGCUGCUGCAGUUCAUGACGUGGUCAUUCAGCGUCGGGAUCGACCAUCUGACCGUUUGGGCGUUGUCGGACGACAAUCUGAAGCGGGGGCACGAAGAGCUGGACCCGCUGUUCGCCAUGAUGGCGGACUUCACGCGCGAGAUCGUGAUGGGCGACGCGCCCUUGGCCGUGAUCGACGUCCGCAUCCGCGUCGUCGGUGACCGGUCCAUCCUGCCCGCGGCCUUGAACGACGCCAUAGACGCGAUCGAGGAGGCGACGAAGGGCGAGAAGAAGCUCAAUCUGCAGUUCGCGUUGGGCUACGGCGGGCGCAGGGAGGUCCUCCGAGCGGUGAAGGCCGCAGUCCAGGCUCGUGCCCACGAAGACUCGUCGACGAUCGAAGAAGCCCUGUCUCGUCUCAGUCCCGGCGAUGUGUCCAAGCACACUUACUCGGCCGAGUCCGGCGUCCCUCCGAUGGACGCCAUUCUGCGAACCAGCGGCGAGAAGCGCCUGAGUGGGUUCGCCUUGUGGGAGUCGCAGGAAUGUGAACUCUCGUUUGUGGCGCCUAACUGGCCGGGCAUGAGUCAAUCCGAUUUUUUGAGCUGCCUCGUGGAUCUUGCGGAGAGGAAGCGCAGAUUCGGAGCCUAG